UAAUCUGCCCAGGCCCUGCAGGGAUUACAGCUCCUCCUAAUGAGCUUAAUUGGGGCAGCGUUGUCCUGGUGACUGAAGGGACCAAGGCAACACCAAGACCUGCAGAGCUGCUUGGCUCGGACCGAGCACAAGUGUGGGACGUGGACCUGCUGCAUCCUGGCCCCAUUUGCAGGGAGCCAUCAGCGGUGGCAGCUGCUGGCUCCUGGUGGCCUUGGUGCAGUGUCCCUGGGUGCUGAGGACACGGGGCACAGCACGGUGCUGAGGAGGCUGGGGCAUGGCUUUGUGUUGGCUGGGCAGGUGCGUGCUGCGUGGGGACGGUUGGGAUGGGCUCAGAGCUCUGUCACACCUUGGGGACCCCACUCUGGAGCUGGUUACAGCAGGAGGAGCCACAAACUCUCUGCUUCUGCAUCCAGUGGUGGCUGGAGAUGUGGCGACGCUCUCCAGCUGGCAGCUGGGUCAGGGCUUUGGCACUCGGGGAUUGGUUCUACCUUGCACGGGACAUGUGGAUGCCGUUGCCAUGAGGACAGGCAGCAUUUUCGGGGCUCCUGCAGUGGCUACAGGGACUUCUUGGAGGACCAGGAAUAGCUCUGCCUUUCCCUUCCUGACAACAGAGCUCCUGGCAAAGGCUGGGGACUUUCCAAAGUGCUUUGUCGUCUGCGGGUUUCCGUCCUGCUCACAGGGCUGGGCAGCAGGGUCCUGCCCCACACCGUUCCUGUGCUUGCUGCGGGUGGCAGGGGGACAGCGGGACACGUGUGGGGACAAGCAGGGCUCCGGGGGCUUUGCCAUGGCCACGUCCUGGAGGAACCGCGGGAGGCCCUCCAGGUCACACUCAACGAUGUCGCUGUCUGCGCGGCCGCAGCGCCGAGUCCUCGUCGCCAAGAUCAAUAGGAGCCAGUCGUUCGCCGGGGUGAACUCGACAGCAGAGCGGCCCUUCAGCAGGAACCUCUCGCCCUUCACACCCACCGUCUCCCGCAAGACUGGCUCCAGGGUCAGUAGGAUGUUCUCAAUGUCCCACAAAUCCCCACCACCCAAGGUGCCUCAGCCCAAUCGCCUAGAUGAGGUGUACGAAGCGCUCAAGAAAGGUCUGACGGCCUACCUGGAGGUCCACCAGUUGGAACUGGAGAAGCUCAGCACCCAGAUCCGUGAAUCCAAGAGGAAUUCGCGCCUGGGCUUUCUCUACGAUCUGGAUAAGCAAGUGAAGUCAAUCGAGCGCUUCCUGCGUCGCCUGGAGUUUCAUGCUAGCAAGAUCGACGAGCUGUAUGAAGCCUACUGCAUCCAGCGGCGGCUCCGCGAUGGGGCCCACAACAUGGUCAAAGCCUACAGCACGGGCUCACCGGGCAGCCGAGAGGCACGUGAGAGCCUGGCUGAGGCCAGCAAGGGCUACAAGGAGUACACAGAGAACAUGUGCCUGCUGGAGAGUGAGCUGGAGAGCCAGCUGGGAGAGUUCCAUGUUCGGAUGAAAGGGCUGGCAGGUUUCGCCCGGCUCUGCGCUGGUGAUCAGUAUGAGAUCUUCAUGAAGUACGGGCGGCAGCGGUGGAAGCUGCGGGGACGCAUCGAGGUGAACAGCAAGCAGGUGUGGGACAGCGAGGAGAUGGUUUUCUUGCCUCUCAUCACCGAGUUCCUCUCCAUCAAGGUGACGGAGUUAAAGAGCCUGGCCAACCACGUGGUGGUGGGCAACGUGUCCUGUGAGACCAAGGACCUCUUUGCAGCUCUCCCCCAGGUAGUGGCGGUGGAUAUCAACGACUUGGGUACCCUCAAACUCAGCCUGGAGGUGACCUGGAACCCCUUCGACAAGGAUGACCAGCCCUCGGCAGCCAGCACCGUCAACAAGGCCUCCACGGUGAACAAGCGCUUCUCCACCUAUAACCAGAGCCCACCUGAUACGCCGUCCCUGCGGGAGCAGGCUUUCUAUAACAUGUUGCGGCGUCAGGAGGAGCUGGAGAACGGCACAGCUUGGUCCAUCUCCUCUGAGUCGUCAGAUGACUCCUCCAGCCCCCAGUUGUCCAGCAGCACUCGCCACGCCGCCCACAAGCCCAUCGUGCAGCCCGAGGUGCAGGCCUCGGCCCCCGCCAUCGAGAUCUCCUUCUCACAGCAGCAGGAGGAGACUGGGGCUGGCGGCGGCAUCCCCAUUGGGACAGAUCUGCCUGAGCCCCCAGAAGAGCAGGAUGGCUGCAAGAAGGAUGCUGUGGCCAACGGGCAUGUGCCCUACACCCGGACUCUCAGCCACAUCAGUGAAGCCAGCGUGGAUGCGAGCAUGGAGGCCAAGGCUACGGAGAGCCAAUGGGAGCACUCUCCCAGCCUGGAGGAACACGAUGCGGGCAAGCUGGACAAUGACUCCCUCCCUGGUGCCUCGAAUUCGGUGCCAGAGACCUGGGCAGGGAAGGACAGUGGCCCUGAGGCCAAGCCACGUGCCAUGGUGGCAUGGGCUGAAUACUGUGAGGUGGAGGCUGAGCCAGUAGCAAGCCCAGCACCGGCACAGGACGUUUGUGGAAGUGAAGCCCCCACGCCGGCCGUGGUGUUGGCACAGGCCCCCGCAGAGGAGGGGCCCGUCCCAGCCCCACACCUGGCCACCAGCCCCCCAGCGGUCCCACGGGUGAAGGCUGUGGACUCAGGGCUGGAAGAGGCCAUCAGCCUCCUGGCCUCGGCCCUGGAUGACUAUCGGGGACAGUUUCCAGAGCUGCAGCCCCUGGAACGGGAGCUCAAACAUCUGGAGGAGAUCCUGCUGCACAAGCAGGGUGUGUUCCUCAGCCGUGCCUCCAGCAUCAGCCUCACAGUGGAGCAUGCUCUGGAGAGCUUCAGCUUCCUCAACACCUCUGACAUGGAGGACUCGGAGGGCUCAGAGGAAGAGGCUUUGCAGGAUGAGAGGAGGGCCAGCAGAGCGCGGCGUGGAAGCAGGGCUCCCAGUGCUGGUGAGGUGGGAGCAGAUGAUACUGGAACGUGCAGUGGCUCUGAGGGCAGCACAGACCCCAUGAGCACCAGCAAUGAGUUCCUGGAUAAGGCCCUGGUGCUCCACCUCCACAACUGCAACCGCCUGCUGCUGAACCUGGGCACCUUUGGGCCUCUGAGGUGCCGGGAGAUGUUUGCCCUGGACAGGCUGCUGCGGGAGGCACAGGUGCUGGAGAUCGUGUGCCAACUGAUGGAGGAGCGGUCGGAAACAGCGGGCUCUGCUGCCGGAGUGGUGCAGUUCUCAACACGGAAAGAAGGGGUGCUGCCCCUUUGGGACCACUGCGUGGAGCUGCCCAACAUCUACACCUGCCCCGUGGAGCGGUUCCUGCAGGUGCUCAGUGCGCAGUAUGCAGCACCCAUCAGUGAGCGGCACCCGGGACUGGCUGAUGCAGUAUGUGUGAAGCUGGUGGAAGAUGUGCUGAACCGGCGGCUGCCACGACGACCUGGUGGCACCCAGGGUGAGCAGGUCACCAUCUUCCAGUACUGGAGCCACUUUGAGUCCCUCGGUGCCCUGGUGCUUGAUACCUACGUGAUGGAGCUGGCAGAGGAAGUGCUGCUGGCACAGAACCUCAACUCAGAUGACCAGGACGUAGUGCUGCGGGCGCUGAAGCGUGUGCCCGAGGGCCGCCUGAAGAAGGAAGGGCUGAAGGCGCUCAGCUUGCUGCUCGUGGAAGGAAACAGCAAGGUGGUGAGCGCCGUGUCGGCGCAGCUCCGCAGCCUGGCAGAAAACCCCCGCUUCCGCCAACGGGCCCUCGUGUGCUUCCUGGGACAGCUGGAGGAUGAGGAGGUGCAGACACGCGUGGCUGGCUGCGUGGCGCUGGGCUGCCUCAAGGCCAAGGAGAGCAUUGAACAGCUGGUCUACCUGUGCCAAACAGACAAGGAGCCUGUGCGGGAGGCAGCCAAGCAGAGCCUGAUGCUGUGUGGGGAAGAUGGCAAAUCAGCGCACCGGCGACUGGAGGAGACCCUGGACAGCCUCCCACGGAUCUUCGCACCAGCCAGCAUGGCCAGCACAGCUUUCUGAGAUGCCACACAGAGCCACCCGCCAUCCCUUGAGGACAAAGGCACUGCUGGGCUGCACUUGGGCUCGCAAAGACCGGGCCCAGCCGCUGGCCCUGCUCACAGCAGCACUGCAGCAUCACCCCCGCCGGCAGCUCGCCACGGCCGCACACUGCCUUACGGAGCACCGCUUCCCCUGCCCCAAACACCAGCCAUGUGGGGGGCUACGCACCCACCCCUGGGAGAGGAGGGGCUCGCUGCACACCCCACCAUCGACUGCUAUUGAAAACACACAGGGAACCCACCCUUCGUGCUACAGCUGCUGGGAUGGGAGCGGCAGGGAGACGCACCGGAUUCUCUGCCUCUUGCCUUCCUGUUGCUCGGGGCCACGUGCCCUUUCCUGGAAGGACUCACACUUUGGAAACGAUGCUGUUUCUUUCCAGAAGUCGCCUGGGCUGGGAGGGAACCGCUGCCCUUUUGCCACCUGGAAGUCCAGAGGACUUAAAUAAAAUGAGAUAUGAGAUAUAUUAAUAUAUUCUGCUGGCGUUUCUUCUUUCCAGCUCUGCAUGCUCCUGUCCCUCUCCGGUGGUGGAACACAGUGAGGCACAGCCCCAGCCCAGAGCCCUUCCCCUCUGCUGGGGAGUGCUGUGGAGGGCAGGGCAGGAGGAGCGACAGAGGGACGGACAGACGGACACUGCCACCUUUUCCUUUCGUUAUUGUUCGUUUUAUUUUUUAUUUACAAUUUUUUUUUUGCAGGAAAAAAAAAGCAACAAAUUCUUUUCUAUAAUGUCUCUAUAAAUCUAUAUAUAAUGUAAUUACAGAGAAUGACUAAUUUUGAUUUUAAACCAGAAAUAAAAGCAAACCUUUAAUGAG